GCUUUGGCAUUGUUUGGCAACAGCCUCGUACAUAUCCUUUAUCCAAUUAUAGGUCCGCCCAUGUUGGAGUCGACAACGUAUAAGUAAUCUGCAGUCACAGAUCCCUCAUCAUCAGAUGUGUCUACCCGAACAUGAUUCUCUCUGUACAAAGACCGGACUAUCUCAGGACAUUCAGGUCAAAACAAAGGCUCAGGUAUUAUGUCGACCAUCCAGGCCUCUUGGAAUGUGUUCAGAUGCUGUCGAUCAUCGUGCCACAGCGCGACAGAUGGCAUGGCUAUGGCAGAACUCUCUUAUAACUCACUCCUUGACGUGCAUUUCCCCAAAUUUCAGCCUCGAAAUCAGGUCAUCCAAUCUCCCACAUACAGAGAAGCCAGAGUUCCUCUGUUACUUCAAGACGCGCUUUCCAUCCUUGACAUCACUCUCAAUCAGGGGCUCCGAUAUCUUAUUAGACGAGUUGAAUUCUCUCAUAAUUGAGGAUGGAAUCAGAGUAGACUGCGCCGAUCAACGCCCCGAUGCAUCUCCGACAUCCAGAUAUUAAUAUAGGAGCGGGAUCUGUGGCCCUUGUCAAAUUCAUCAGCAACCUUCAGGUGAAACCACUAAUCUUACGCAUGCGCAUAUACUGGGACGGUAGAGGCCUGCGUCACAACUUGAUGGUGGGGGAGACAUCAUUUUGAAGGAUGUCUGCAUGUACGAGAGGCACACUGUCCAUCAGAGAUCGCCGUAGCAAAAGAGACCUCAAAAACUUCCACAGCUCUGUCGAUUCAAGAUUGAUGUGACAAUCGCACACAACGCACACUGGGUGCAGGAUCUGCUCUCUGACCCCAUCCUUGAUCCCUCGGAUGAAAUCAGGUUCAGAGGAAUCACCGUUCUUUUCAAAGAC